UCAGGAUGGCUAAGCCCUCCGUGAUAGAAGAUGUUAACCAUCCCAAGAAACCUCUACGUCUGAGAAACCUAACUUCUAGAGUUGAGACCUACGACUCUCUCCACCUUACCCAAGAAGUGUACCAGAGCGCAGUUUGUACCAAGGAGGCUUGCCUGGGCAGUGUAGUUUAUCAACACAUCGCCAAGACCACUGGCUCUGCUAGACCCAAGGAGGAGGUGCUAUUGCAUGCCAAGGACUUCCUGGACCAAUACUUCGCCUCAAUCAAAAGGGCUAACAGUCAGGCUCAUGAUGUCCGGUGGAAGCAGGUAGAAUCGGAAGUUAUGUCUACUGGAAGCUACCAGCUAACAGAAACAGAACUAGUGUACGGAGCAAAGCUGGCCUGGAGAAACGCAGCUAGAUGUAUAGGAAGAAUACAGUGGUCCAAACUGCAGGUUUUCGACUGCAGAUCAGUUACAACGACUAGUGGGAUGUUCGAGGCCAUAUGUAACCACAUUAAAUACAGCACAAACAAAGGCAAUAUCAGGUCAGCCAUCACGGUGUUCCCACAACGGACGGACGGUAAGCACGACUACAGGGUAUGGAACGGCCAGCUGAUCAUGUACGCGGGGUACAAGAACACUGACGGCACUAUCACUGGGGACCCGGCCAACGUGGAGUUUACAGAGGUGUGUACGAAGCUGGGCUGGAAGCCCAAGUACGGGAUGUUUGAUGUGUUACCUCUCGUGUUGUCUGCCAACGGUCACGACCCGGACUACUUCGACUUCCCUCCAGAACUCAUCAUGGAAGUGCCUCUAACUCAUCCUACGUACGAGUGGUUUGCCGAGCUUGGGCUGAGGUGGUACGCGGUCCCGGCUGUGUCCAGUAUGAUGUUUGACUGUGGAGGGCUCCAGUUUACGGCGGCCCCCUUCAAUGGAUGGUACAUGAGCACUGAGAUAGGGGCCAGGGACCUGUGCGACGUCAACAGAUACAACUUACUCGAGACGUUUGCUAUCAAGAUGGGCCUGGACACAAGAACUCCAGUAACACUAUGGAAAGACAAGGCUCUUAUUGAAGCCAAUGUCGCUGUUCUGCAUAGUUUUCAAGUGAACAACGUGACGAUUGUGGACCACCAUACUGCGGCGGAGUCGUUCAUGAAGCACUACGAGAACGAGCAACGUCUGAGACAGGGCUGUCCAGCUGACUGGGUGUGGAUAGUUCCCCCGAUCUCUGGCUCCAUCACCCCAGUCUUCCAUCAGGAGAUGGCCAUGUACAACAUGUACCCUACCUACUCGUAUCAGGAUCCUGCUUGGAAGGUACACAUUUGGAAGAAAGGAAAGGAUGGAGUAAAAUCGUUGAAGAAGCCAAGAAGAAAGUUCCACUUUAAACAGAUUGCCAGGGCAGUAAAGUUCACUUCCAAACUGUUCGGCAGCGCGUUGUCCAGGAGGAUCAAGGCCACUAUUUUGUACGCAACAGAGACCGGCAAAUCUGAACAGUUCGCUAGAAAACUCAGCGAGAUAUUCAGUCAUGCUUUCCAUUCAACCUACUGCUGUAUGGAAGACUACGACAUGAGCAGUAUAGAGCACGAGGCGUUACUGAUCGUAGUAGCUUCUACCUUCGGCAACGGCGACCCCCCGGAGAAUGGACAGUCGUUCGCGCAGAGUUUAUACACACUCCGGAUGGAACAUUCUGGUGGAAUGGCGAACGGUCACUCUUCUCCGUUAAAUUCAGCCUCUUUCAUCAAAGCCAACAGUCAGUCUGACCAUCUGCUGGAGAGGACGGGUUCUUUCAGAGAGUCAGUGACUGAGGUGGAUAGCUUCGGCCCCUUGAGCAACGUCAGGUUCGCAGUGUUCGCCCUAGGCUCCAGCGCGUACCCCAACUUCUGCGCGUUCGGCGCCUACGUGGACAACCUGCUGGGCGAGCUGGGCGGCGAGAGACUCAUGAAACUGACCACUGGGGACGAGAUGUGUGGACAGCAACAGGCCUUCGUCAAGUGGGCGCCUGAGGUGUUCAGAGUAGCCUGUGAAACAUUUUGUCUGGAUGAUGCAAACAAUGUGUUUGACAACUUGCAUAAUACGUUGAACAACGCACCAAUAACAGCUUCUACGGUACGGCUAGUUGACAUUCCCGCACAAGACCUUAAAAUAGCUUACAGCAAGUAUCACAAUAGGCAGAUCUUUAGUUGCGAGGUGGCUUGCAACAAAAACCUCCAUGGCAACAACUCCUCCAUAGCAACGCUCGGUAUAGAACUCAACAUAGAAAACGGCCUCAGAUAUGAGCCAGGUGAUCAUGUCGGGGUGUUGGCGUGUAACCAUAGAGACCUAGUGGACGGUAUCAUCGCACACCUAGACAUGGGUGACCUGGACCCCGACCAACCUGUGGAGCUACAGCAUCUGAAGGAGACGCAGACUUCUACUGGUACAGUCAAGUCCUGGGAGCCUCAUGAGCGACUGCCUCACGCGUCUGUACGAGAGUUGCUCACAAGGUUCCUAGACAUCACCACGCCGCCGACCCCUCAGUUCCUGCAGUUCCUCUCCUCUUGUACCGCAGACCCUGAGGACCAAGACAACCUCCACCUUCUCGCUUCGGAACCCACUUCGUACGAGGACUGGAGACACUGGCUGUUCCCAAAUCUACUGGAGGUUCUAGAGGAGUUCCCUUCAGUUAGACCACUUCCGGCACUUCUCAUUGCGCACCUCACUCCACUGCAGCCGAGGUUCUACAGCAUAUCCUCGUCACCAGCUCUCUACCCUACCCAGGUCCACCUUACUGUAGGAGUCGUCACCUACAGGACCAAGGAUGGUGAAGGUCCGAUGCAUUAUGGUGUGUGCUCUAACUACCUCUACAGGAUUAAAGAAGGCGAAAAAGUGUACUUAUUCGUUAGAAGUGCUCCCAACUUCCAUUUGCCAGAGGACUCGUCCAGACCUUGUAUCUUGGUGGGCCCCGGGACUGGCAUUGCUCCUUUCAGAGGCUUCUGGCAACACAGAUACGCACUCAAGAGGAGGCAAGGACUCAAAAACUUGGGCAAGAUGACACUUUUCUUUGGCUGUAGACUUCGAUCUUUAGAUCUGCACAAAGAAGAGAAAGAAAAAAUGGUGACUGAAGCAAUCUUAGAAAAAUCUUAUCUCGCACUGUCAAGAGAGCCAACGAUAGCUAAGACAUACGUACAAGAUCUGAUGCGAGGCGAGGCCAAGUCACUGUACAGACAGUUGGUGUGUGAGGGAGGUCACUUUUACGUCUGUGGUGACGUCACCAUGGCUGAACACGUGCUGCAAACCCUCAAGGUCAUAGUGCAGACAGAAGGUAACAUGACGGCCGAGCAGGUGGAGAACUACAUGCUUACACUCAGGGACGAAAACCGCUACCACGAGGACAUCUUCGGUAUCACUUUGAGGACAACAGAGAUCCACAACAAAUCUCGCGAGACAGCGAGGAUCAGGAUGGCUUCACAGUCGAAUCCCUAGCUAAGGAAGAAGAGCAGCCCGUUGAUACUGGCUGCUGGCCUGGUACAGUCCAUCCGAACAUUCCUCAAUAGCCAUUAGCAUAAUACACAUUACACUAGACUUUAGACAUUUGUAAGUAUUGUAGUGGUAUCAAUAACUUUCAAACUAAAAAUGAUCAAUUGAUUAAAUAUAUAGACAUAUUUUCUAGCCAUGACAAAUGUAUAAAAUGUAUACAUGUUAUUUUAGGUAAAUAAAUAUUGAAUUUUAAUGACUAUAGUAAUGUUUAUUUUAAGUUGUAAUAAUGUUUAUUUUAAGUUGUAAUAGAAAGAAUGAAUAGUUUAGUAAUAGUCAUGUUGUAUGUAGCGUGUUGGUUUUGUUAUUUAUGAUUUAGAUCCAAAACACAAAUUGUAGUUUAUGUACGUAUGGUUUAAUAUCACAAAGCUAAAUAAGACGUAGGAAAGAAGAUUCAAUUUAUAUGAUAAUUCAUGUUUCGACUAUAUUUACAUACAUACAAGCCAUUAGGUUCAGUUAAAACCAAAAUAUAUCUGCUGAUUAUUACAAAUUGAUACAAUUGGUUGAAACAUAUUUUGAAUACAUUUCGAUUACUGUAACAGAAAAUCUGAUAAAGUGUAAAUAGUAUCUAAAUGAUGGUGUACACAUGGUUAGUUUUUGUCUCGUUCUGAUAAGUCAGAACAUUACAUCGUAUACAUUCAUUCCGCUGUUAUAUUUGCUAGAAUUUUGCCUUACAAUAUUUCACUUCACGAACGUCAGUUUUGCGUUACUUAGAAUAGCUUAUAAAGCCCUGUACAGUUUUAUCGAUGAAUUGUCACUUGUUACCUUUUGUAUAGUAACUUUGUCUAGUGUAAAUAUUAUAUUUAAGUAAGAAUCGGUUGAGGUUUUAUCGUAAGUUUAAAGAAUUGACGUCCUAAUAUACGAUGUAAACGUGCUUUGUAUAAAGUAGCUUUAAAUUCUAUCAUAUAUUUUAUUAUAACUCUUAACAUAUUGUUAAAACUCCUUUAUAUCAUUAUCAUAUCAUUCAUGUGCAUUGAUAUAUAUAAUGUUUCAACAUUAAAAUAUAUUUAUGUAAAUUGCAUUUUAGUAUUUGUAAAUAUACAAUCCGUAAAAUUAUUAUAUUCUGCCUGUUGUAUUAAAAACGAGUCUGUUGUGCAAAUAAAUCCAUUCCAUAAAAUAGUGCGUC